UGUCUGACACUAAACAUGGCUGACGAACAAGCACGUUUCGAAGCCCUUUUGCAGGGUUUAAUGAGUGAAGAUAACGAGUCUAGAACGCAAAAUGAGGGAUUAUAUGACAAGAUACCAGGACCUACAAAAUUACCAAUGUUAGUCCAGUCUAUGUCCAAUAGUAAUAUAUCUAUAGAGAUAAGAACACUGUCAUCUGUUUUAUUAAGAAGAUUAUUUACAAAUGAAUUUGAAGAAGUAUGGCCAAAAUUGUCACCAGAGCUUCAAACAGCUGUCAAAGAAAAAUUAAUGUCUGCUAUCACAGAGGAGUUAACUCCCCCUGUCAGACGGAAGGUGUGUGAUGCAACAGCAGAAUUGGCUAGAAAUAUGAUUGAUGAUGAAGAAAACAUGAAUUGGCCAGAAGUCCUGAAGUUUAUGUUUGAAAGUGCAAGUUCUCCAGAUUCAGGUUUACGGGAAAGUGCUCUUCAUAUUUUCAAAAAUGUACCUGGAAUAUUUGGUAAGCAGCAGAGCCACUAUAUGGAUGUGAUUAAACAGAUGUUAAGUCGAUGUUUAGCUGACAGAGAUAACCCACAAGUUUGGUUUGAAGCCAUCAAAGCCUCCACAGCUUUCCUUGUAGCUAACGACAAAAAUAAUCAUCUAUUACAUCACUUUAAAGAUCUACUGCCUCCUAUGAUACAGGGUAUGAAUGAAAGUUUGUCAGUGGAUGAUGACAGUUUGAUGAAAUGUUUGAUAGAAUUGGCAGAGAAUGUUCCAAAAUACCUGAGACCGCAAAUGGAUAAUAUAAUACCAUUUUGUCUGAAGGUUAUUUCUGAUGCUAAUUUGUCGGACAGUAUGAGACAGUUAGGAAUGGAAGCUAUUGUGACAUUAUCUGAAACAGCUCCUGCCAUGGUUAGAAAGUUUGGAAAGUACAUGCCUCUUUUAGUACCACAAGUUCUAGCAUUGAUGGUAGAUCUAGAGGAGGAAGAAGAUUGGUCUAUUCAAGAUGAACCAGAAGAAGAAGACACUGAAAGCAAUAGUAUAGCAGCUGAGAGUGCCCUAGAUAGACUGGCAUGUGCUUUAGGUGGGAAAACUAUGCUGCCACAUAUCCUAGCAAACAUACCACAGAUGUUACAGAAUGGUGACUGGAGAUACAGACAUGCUGCUUUGAUGGCUAUUUCUGCCUGUGCUGAAGGCUGUCACCAGCAGAUGGAAGGAAUGCUCAAUAAUAUACUGGAUGCUGUUUUACCAUUCCUUAAAGAUCCACACCCACGAGUAAGAUAUGCUGGAUGUAAUGCUAUUGGACAGCUGUGUAGAGAUUUUGGUCCCUUAUUUCAAAAGAAGUACCAUAACAGGGUUGUUCCAGAAUUAUUACAAAUUAUGGAUGACAAUGGUAAUCCACGAGUACAGUCCCAUGGAGCUGCAGCACUGGUAAACUUUGCUGAGGAAUGUCCCAAAAUUGUACUAUCUCAAUAUUUAGAUGUCAUUUUAAAUAAAAUGGAACAAGUUCUUAGUAGUAAAUUUAAAGAGUUAUUAGAGAAAGGUGUGAAGUUAGUGUUGGAACAAGUGGUAACAGCCUUAGCAUCUGUAGCUGAUACGGUCGAGGAGAAAUUUACACAGUAUUACGAUAGAUUCAUGCCAUGUCUCAAAUAUAUCAUGCAGAACGCUGUUACUAAAGAAAUGAGACUGUUACGAGGGAAAACCAUAGAAUGUAUCAGUCUUAUAGGAUUAGCUGUAGGGAAAGAAAAGUUUUUACAGGACUGCAGUGAUGUGAUGCAGAUGUUAUUGAAGACACAAACAGACCUUAGUGAAAUGGAAGAUGAUGAUCCACAGAUUUCAUACAUGAUAUCAGCAUGGGCUAGAAUGUGUAAGAUUCUUGGUAAAGAAUUCCAGCAAUAUUUGCCAUUAGUAAUGCCACCUGUGUUAAAAGCAGCCUCACUCAAGCCAGAGGUUGCAUUGCUUGACAGUGAUGAAAUAAAAGACAUGCAAGGUGAUACAGAUUGGGAGUUUGUCAAUGUAGGAGAACAGCAAAGUUUUGGUAUCAGAACAGCUGGUUUAGAAGAGAAGACAACAGCCUGUCAGAUGUUGGUGUGUUAUGCCAGAGAACUGAAGGAAGGCUUUGCUGAGUAUGCAGAGGAAGUCGUCAGAACAAUGGUUCCUUUGUUGAAAUUCUAUUUUGAAGAUGACAUUAGAAUAGCAGCAUCAGAAAGUCUACCCUUCUUAAUAGACUGUGCUAAGAUUCGUGGAGACCAGUAUGUAGCAGAGAUGUGGAAUUACAUCUGUCCCAGUCUGUUAAAGGCCAUAGAGAUUGAACCUGAACAAUCAGUUCUACCUGAACAUCUGUACGCCUUAUCCAAGUGCAUAGAAAAGUUGGGAAAAGGGUGUUUAUCGCAAGAGAAUAUGAACUUAGUUAUUUCUUUGCUGGAAAAACAACUGCAGAGUCAUUUCAAAAAGCAGGAAGAAAGACACGAAAAGAGGAAAGAUGAGGAUUAUGAUGAAGAUUUAGAGGAAGACUUGUUAGAGGAGGAUGAUGCAGACACCUACAUACUGAGUAAAGUAUCAGACAUAUUACAUUCUAUAUUUGGUACUCAUCAUGAAGAAUUCCUGCCACUGUUUGAACAACUGCUACCAUUCUUUGUUAAGUUAAUUGGCCCAGAUCAGGUGUGGUCAGAUAAACAGUGGGGACUAUGUAUAUGGGAUGAUGUAAUAGAACAUUGUGGUCCACACUCAGUAAAGUACACCCAGUACUUCCUUGCCCAAAUGAUGAGUUUUCUAAGUGACAAACAGCCAGAACUGAGACAGGCUGCAGCUUAUGGUAUUGGUGUUAUGGCUAAGUUUGGAGGAGAAGUGUAUGCUGCAACAUGUGCAGAGGCCUUGCCACUGUUAGUAAAGAUGAUUCAGGACCCUGAUUCACGGUCCCCUGAGAAUGCCAACCCAACAGAAAAUGCUAUCUCUGCCAUCGCUAAGAUAUGUCAACAUAACAAUAGUCAGAUUAAUGUUAAUGAUGUUUUACCCAUGUGGCUCUCCUGGUUACCUGUCUGGGAAGAUGAAGAUGAAGCAGAACCAGUAUACAAUUAUCUCUGUGACCUUAUUGAAAUGAAUCAUCCAUUAAUACUGGGGGAGAACCACAACAACCUGCCACAGAUUGUAUGUAUAGUGGCUGAAGCAUUUACAAAGGAGGCAGUGUCACCAGAGGAAAAUGUUUACACAAGAAUGCUCAAUAUAGUACGACAAGUAGAGCAAAAUCCAGCAGUAUUCCAGGCCUGUAUUCCUCUUCUGUCAGCAGAACAGCAACAAACAUUACAUCAAGCUCUCAGUAGCUAAUACCACCAACAGUUGAGUUAUACCAUUAUAAAACAACAGUCAAUGAGAUAAUACGACCAUAUAACAGCAGUCUAGGAGAUGGCAUAAUCAUAAAGCACAGUCAAGGAGAUGCCUUAGAAUUGAGGCUUAAUAUUUUAUUUUAGACUUCACAAAAAUCUAUGACGAAGACAAAAUUUGUGUUUAUUGGUACAUUUAAUUUUGGAUUAUGAGAAGGAAAACCUUUGGAGUACAUAGAAGAAUGUUUGAAUAAGAACUUAGUCUCCAUAGUUUAAUAAUAAAUGUUUUGAUGAUAUUUCAUGAUUUACUUCCUGUUUAUCUUUGUUAGAAGUAAAUAAUAAGAUAUAUAUUUAAACAUCUGUUUUCACUUUUAAUUAUGUACAGACUUUAUAUGUUUUAUCACUUAAAUAAUGUAGAUAUUUAUCCUAAUGGCAUCUAUAGGGAAUUGUAAUCAUUUUUAUUUAACAACCAUUUUAAAGUCAUGUUGUAUUAUUUAGAGUGUAUUAUAAAAAUUCAGAUAGUGGGUUACAGAGAUACUUACAAGUAUUAUAAAACAUUUGGGGUUUACUAUUGCUUUUUUUAUUCUAGAACCCCUUAAAUGUCAAGGCUGGAGUAAGGAGAACUGUUUAUAAAUAUGUUUAGUAACCUACAAUUUUCUUAAAAGUGAAAUAUUAUGGCAAUGUUAAAAAGUAUUUAAGAUAAAUAAAAUCAUUUAUAAUUAUAUGUAUGCUUGCUUGGUUUUUCUCAAAUGAUUCAUGAAUGAAAUGCUUUUGUUGCAAAUUUUCAUUGAAGUUUUUAUGCUUUAUAAAAACAUUAAACAUUGAAAUGUACAGUUAAGUGAAGAUGUCAAAUACUGAGGAGAUUUUGGAGAUUAUUUUGAUAUGUUAAUUCUCUGGAAAUACGAAAAAAUUGUAUGAUAAUACUACUAAUCCCAUUUCUUUUUUAAUUCUAAAGUAAGGAUUUCAUAAAAUUCAAAUAUUGGCCAAGCCCUGAUGACAUUGUGUUGCAGAGUUCAUUGAAAUGAUGUCAUUAUGGGAUAUUUCUAGUUCUAAGAAAAAGUUGGUCAAUAGAAGGAACAUUUUAGUUUUAAUUUGAUCAGAUCACAAGCGUUGACAAAAUUAUUUCUUGACAAUGAAUAGAAAAACACAUUAUACAUGUUUGUGAGGAUAUCUUUUUUAGGGUGACGGUUGUGUGAAUAUCUUUUUCCUAGGCAUUUAUUAGUCUAAGUCAAGAUUUUACUUAAUUUCAUCCAUUUACUACACAUACUGUGGUUUUAAAUUCGUAUAACUCAUGAAAAGGAAAUAUUUUAAACCAGAAUUGUAAUGUUUUAUUAAAGUAUAUAUAUUUAACAUUAGUUCAGCAAAUGAGAAAUAUUCGGGCCAAUCUGGCCAUGAAUCCUAAAUUCUCCUUUAUGAGCAGAUUCUCGCAUUGCUUGAGCUUGAUCAAUAUUUUGUGCAUUUUAGAUAAUUUGAUGACUUUUCCUUAUUGUUCUUGUUUGGUAGUGAUGGUAACAGUUUAUUAAAGGGUUAUAUAAUGGAAUAGAUAACAAAUUAGAAAACAUUCUAAGCUUUUCAGAUAAAUCUAAGAAUGCUGAUUCAGGCUAAAUUCUAUAAGAUUGUCAGAAUUGAUAUGGAAAGCAAGUAUUAGCAGUUUAUUGCCUUUCAUUUGACCAACAAAAAAAGUUAAGUUAAUAGGAAAACAGUUUAUAUGCUGAAAUUCAAGAAAGUGGGAAUAUUUGGCUGCAUAUGAUAUGAGUACUUAUUUCAUGGUAGCAAAGUUACUUUUAAUGUCCUAGAACUUAAAUUAUAAACCACAAUUAAUCAUUUAAUAUCUUCUUUAAGGAUUCUUGUAGAGCAUACUUUAUUAGUCCUACAUUGUAGAUAGAUGAGAUAUAACUUGUCAAGACUUACUUGUCCUUUGGUGUCAGUCUCUAGAUCAUGGUUUACAUGGCUUACUUUAGUAUUUCCAAUACCUAUCUGUCUUUCUUUAUUGCAGUGAUUUGUUAUGCAUGUUUAGUGUUUUAACUGGAGACAGAAUUACUAUAUAAUUUUUGUAUUUGGAUAUGGGUUCAUAUCAAUAGAACAACAAAACCAAUAUGUUUAGUAAUGUAAAUAGAAAAUAAAGGAUUGUUGUUUGCUUUCAAGUUCUCACAAUAGUGAAUCGGCUAUUUCAGAAAUAAUGGUUUGCCAGGGUAACAUUGAUUGAUUGAUGUUUGCUACAGGCAGGGUAACAUUGAUUGAUUGAUGUUUGCUUUAUCCAGGGUAACAUUGAUUGGUGUUUGCUACAGGCAGGGUAACAUUGGUUGAAUGAUGAUGUUUGCUAUAGGCAGGGUAUCAUUGACUGGUGUUUGAUUUAGGCAGGAUAAGAUGGCACUAUCCAUUGUUAAUAUAUAAUUGGUCUUCAGUAAUGAUGUGGCAACAAUUGACUUUAGAAAGUGAUGUAGAGUUCUUGUAUGGAAUGAUAAUAAAGGUAUUUAGAAAGCAAAACUUGCCUUCUUAACGUGACUUCAAUCUUUUUAAAACUUAUUCGUGUUGUAACUUUCAAAGCUUUUUGGUCAUUCCAGAAUCCCUAUCUAUAUUGUGUCUGUACAUUGUAAUAGUUGUAACAUAUGUAUUGAUGUAGAGAAUAUGUGCCAUUGUCAACGUAGAGAAUGGUCAUUUAUUAGAUCUGAGUUCUAUAUUCUCAGAUGAUUGUACUUCUUAUGUUGAAGUCAAUAAUUGGUUUGGAUUUUAGAUAAAAGUCUCAAGCCAAUGUUAUAAUUUAUCUGCUGAGUAAUUUGUUCUCAACAGUGAUUAUUUCGUAUGUGGUUAUUUUUACUCCUAUUUAUGGAGAACCACCACAGUAAUUCCUACCUCAUUUUUUGUUGUAUGUUUGUAGGAAUUAAGCAUAAUACACCUAUUUUGGUGAUUUAUAAAGAAGGAAUUUAUCAUUCCUAUUUAUUAAGACUUGUAGACAGAUUAAAUUUUUGAUCCACAGAAAAAUGGAUAUAUAGAUUUUAAGAGGUGCUAUUGCUAAAACAAAUUGAAUAUACUUAAAUGAUUUUUAGAAAAGCAAAGGUUUUUUUUGUGAACAAUAAAUAUUUCUGGAUAAUUGUAUUGUGAACCUUUAUCCUGUGUGUUAUUAUGUUGUAAAACAUUUACUUAUUGUUACAGUUUUAUGAAACAUUUUAUACAAUAAUGUGCAAUGAUUAACUAGUGAAAUCAUUAGUUUAAUUGGUUGUUGAUUAAUCAAUCAAAACCCAAAUAUUGAGGUUUUAACCUCUGUCCAAAGAUUGACAUAUUUUAGUAAGAAUAUUUGUUUAAUCUUUUUGUAGCAUGUAAAUGCAUUUAAUGCACUUGUUAUGUUUUAACAUUUAUUGUUAAAUGAAAUGUUUGGUUAUUAAAAAUAACCUGUACACAUAAUGUACAUUGACUUUUUAAGUCAACUAAUAUGUCGGGGAGGGCAUGAAUUGUUGAAGUAUUACUGAUGAUUGUACCUAAUUAGACAGGUUAACCUAUCAGUACUAUAUUUGUAACCAUUUAAUGUAUGCAAAGAAAUAAGUUGUUACAUUAAUGAAGGAAAGUUUCUUCACUUGUUACAUUAGAUUAUUACAGUGUCUUUCACACCAACCAUUCUGAUGAUAAUAAACAUACUGACCAUUCA